AUGGAAGUCGAAGUCCUCUCAGAUUAUUCCCAUACCCCCCUCAACACCUCCAAACCCUCAAUCCGCCUUCUCAAUCUCCAACGUGAUAAACAAGGAUCUAUCACUGGCACACUCGAGGCCUUUUCCCUCGACGACCCCAUAUGUCCUCCAUUCAGAACUCUGUCUUAUGUCUGGGGUCCCAAAGUAUAUUCUGAUAGUAUUCUCAUAAACACGCGUUGGUUUCCUGUAUUGAGAAGUGUCCAUCCAAUCUUAGAAACUAUUUCUAGCGACGAAAACCUAAGGCAAGGCUGGUGGUGGAUUGAUUCAAUUUGUAUCAAUCAGAAUGCGGGGCCAAUUGCUGAAAUGGAGCGCAAUGUACAGGUCGCUAUGAUGAGAAGAAUCUAUGAAACAGCUGACAAGACUAUUGGUUGGCUUGGUCCCGGGGACGAUGAGGGUGAGCGAGCGAUGCGCUUUUUAAAAGUAUUAACAAAUCAUAAGAAAAGACUUGAUUUGCUUUAUCGGAGGCGAUUGGCUGGAGAGAAAGGGCUGAAAGUUGAAGAUUUAGGAAAAGAUUUGAGCGAUAGGAGCAAGUGGGCUGCGUUGGAAAGUUUGUUGCUUCGGCCUUGGUGGACCAGAGUUUGGUCACUUCAGGAGUAUAUUGUCCCGCGUAAAUUCGUGUUUCACUGCGGAAAGGAGAAAAUAAGUAGAAAAAAACUGACCCAAGCAAUGAGCGCGAUAAGUCAAUGUAGAAGAAUCGAUGAGACAUUGCUGGCCCAUACAGCAUUCCAGGCUCCAUGGAUACGAGGCCGCGUAUUGCGGUGGUAUCGGAAGGGCCUCCCAAUAAAACUCAUAGGAUUGAUGGGAUACAUCUCGGACUAUCAGGCUUCGGAUCCUAGAGAUAGAAUUUAUUCUGUUCUCGGGUUGGCAGCGGAUAGGUUCUUGGCUGACCCUCCAAGAUAUCAAGAUAGUGUUGUGGAAGUAUACUCGAGCUUGGUCAAAAGUUUCAUCGAGCGCCAUCAAAGUCUGGAUAUCAUAUGCUUUGUAGAUCGAUUUCAUGGAUUGGGGCAUUCGAAUAUUCUGCCUGCGCUUCCAUCUUGGGUACCAGACUGGAGAGUCGACGUGCAACCAUGGAUGGUACCCGCAAUGGCUGCUCAGAGCGGGGCAGGAUACGUCGGAAACUUUCGUCCUACUCAUCUCCAAGGCAAAAAUCAUGAUACUUUUACUGCUGGGAAGAGCAAAACCCCCUUAAAAUACAGUUUCUCUGCCGAUCUCCAGCAAUUGAAUUGUCAGGGGGUUUUCAUGGAUCUAGUCGAUGGUAUUGGCGGUCUCAGGUUAGUUCAUGGGGACGAAAACAACGAGAAAGAGGGAGUGAUUAAGGUGUACCAGUGUGUCAAUACAACAGCUAUUCGCAAAAUAUUCGAGACUUCUACGGUCGAUUCUGACUCCUCACCUCAAGAUGAAUUAACUUCCGAAAAAGCCUCGAAGUACAUGGACCAUAUCUUUCGCUGUUUGAUGCUGAACCGCCGAGAGAGAUAUUUAAGCUGGGAUCUACCAGCCAUGGAACAUUCAUAUAAAGACUUCCAAACAUUUUGUCUUGCGGCGAUGAAAACGCCGUUUGACGUACAUCCACUAUUUCUCGACUGGUUCGAACGUAACCGGCACCUUCGCAUCGGAUCCCAUACACUCGAGCAGCUAUGCAAAGCAGCACAAUCUCCAGAGCCCAAGCUCUCUACCAAUAUAGAUCUCAUGGACAUCUCCACGCACGAAAGAGGAUUUCUUUCUCGUUUCCGAGACACGACCAAAUGGAUGGCGAGAAGGCUCAUGACGACAAAUACAGAAUAUAUUGGUAUGGGGCCGUGUCGAGUGCAGAAAGGCGAUCAGGUUUGGAUUCUGCUGGGAUGCAGUAUCCCGUUGAUUUUAAGAAAGUGGGAGGAUAGGGAGGGGUUUCAAGUUAUUGGUGAAUGUUAUCUUCAUGGAUAUAUGGGUGGUGAGGUUCAUGGGGAGGUUAUGAAUGGAGAGAGAAAGGUGGUGGAGAUAUGUCUUUUGUGA